UUUAUUAGAUGAAAUUUUUGAUAUGGUAGUUAAACGAUGCCCUAACUGCGAUCAAACGGUAAGCAACAAGUGAUAAUUAUUGUAAUGUAAAGGAGAAACUUAGGAAUUAAGCUUAUUGAAGCUUUAAAAUAUGCGCGGCCAGUAAUAAAUUUAAGUUUAAUAGAUUGAAGUUUAUCGAUUUGUGAUUUGUCUAGUUUUCGAUUUCGAUAGUUGCCUUCUCAAUGUAUUAAGUUGAUCCCUUUUUUCAAAUAUUAUAGUUUCUUUAAAUAGUAUUCAGUACAUAAAAAAGAGCUUUAGUUGCAAAAUCUUCAGUUUAAGCUCGUAUUUCAUGAUAUUUAAUCACCUCUGUGUCAAUAAUUCAACCACGAUUUCUUUCUCAUGAGGAAAGACUAACAUAUAGGCAUGUGAAUAUCACUCAAUAAUACUUGCGUUGACUUUUUCAUAUAGAUCAUUAAACGCUUCGUAAAAUCACCAUAUAAAAUUAUGCACCAGUUAUUUGAAACCCUCGGAUCCCCCACCCCCCCCUCGGGGAUGAGCGGGGUAAAGCGGGGCCUUUUACUUCAUACUCACUCCAUUUUUGUUCCCCGUCAAGUGGGGGAUAUGCUAGAAAUCACGGUCCUCAGUUCCCUGACCAGGGAAUAAGCGGGGCAGUCGCUCUGUCAUCAGCAGUUUUCAUUUUCGUGGCACAUGGUAACAUAACUUUUAAAACAACCAUUUCUCUUCAAAAGAUAUCAAUUAAGAUUUCAUAUAUCACAGGACAUAGUAGCUGUUACUUUUGGAUAAAUAGUAUUUUGCUUAGAGUAUGACGAUAAUAGCGAAUCCUUACCUAAAAUAAUGUAUGAGAAUAAUUUAUUGGCCGAAAUUGCUUUAGCACUUACUUUAUUUGAGACCAGAAUCGCCUUCUUGUACCAAGGUACGAGCCAAGAUACACAAAAGAUUCUCUCUCAUAUAUAUAGAGGUGCAUUGUCAUGAAAACUUUGUUAACUGCAACGACAAGGAAGCAUCUUUGACCCAGAAUUUUAAUGUGUGUAUGUAUGUAUAAUUGUCAGUACUCCGCAUCAUUGUAGUUGUCUGUUGUGUUUCAUCUGGGGCUAUUUAUACGGGGAAAAAUAAGACACAUCUUAGAUAAGACUUAAACUACACCAUUUCAGAGCAUAUAAAGUGUGUCUUAUAAAUUAGCUGAGUUGUGUCUUAUUAAAGAUGCAAACUGAUUUUUUGUGCCAUUUAUAUGAGGUCCGCGUCUUAUUUUUCUUGUAUUAGUGGCCUUAUGGUUUAUAAAAACUUCGGAAGACUGUGAAGCAUCAGUUUUAAUUUUACAGCUAUAAAUAUAUUUUUCAUCCCUUUUUAUGCUUCGCGAUAACAAGAAAGGGUUGACAGUUGCGGGUCAUAUUAGUGCAGGGAAGUUCACCAUUCACUUUGGCCCCAGGGAAAGGAGAACUCAAUUGCUUUCACUUGCUACAAAAGUGAAUGCCCUGGUCAUCCCCGAGAUUGUGGUGGGGGUUCCGCGGGUUUCAAAUGACUGUUUCAUUACCGCAUAAAAUUGGGUGCAAUGUGAUAUAAUCUUUAACUGAGUUUAUUACUCCACUUUUUAAUUUUUAACAAAUGUUUUCCUAGGAACAUAUUUAUGCAUGAAUGAAGCUUUAACAUUUUUAAGUUUUAGGUAUCUGUUUAAUAGUAUGUUCUACCUGCAUUGCUUAAAUGUGAUCAUAAGAGCAAUAAAUUAUUGUUAUUAUUAUAAUGAGCCAAGGACUAGUUAUUAUAGUAAUAAAAAAAAUAUUAUAAAAUUAUAGUUUUGUAAUUAAAUUAUCUGUUAAUCAGCUGACGCCCUAUGUAAUAUGGCUGACACUAGUGACUUCGAGUCUGAAACUAUUUUACCCAUAGUUAUUAUUGGCUGAUCCCAUAAUUUCGUGAACAUACUUUAAAAAAUUGUCAUAGAGGUUCUUAGGAGAAUCAGUGGCAGAUAGUGGGAUAAACAAGUAGGAAAGGUCAAAAUUGCCAUGUGAAGGGUUGAGGAAAAUGUGGGCACUUUCUGUUCACUGCAUUGUAUCACCAUGAUACCAACAUUAUUGUACCAGCAUUGUACCAAUGAACCAGUAUGUAUUGUAACCUGAUAGUACUGGCCUUAGUACAGUGGACCUUGUUGAAGGACUGGCUGGCUAUAACAUGAAAAUAAGUAGAUAAAAAUGUAUAAUAACUGCUGUCUUUAGAAAUGAAGUUGCAUGCUGCAUUUCUUUAUGUUUCAGCUCCCUGUUGCAUGCAAGUCUUGUCCAUGUGGCCAUGUUUUUAUCAGCCGAAAGUUGCAUCAAGUGCAAGUUAAAAAAGAGCAAGGUAAUAGGUCAGAAAUUGUAAUAUAGCUGUACCGAAAAUGCCCCCAGCAUUUUACAGAUCUAAAGAUGAUGGUAACAUUGAAACAAUGCAUAAAACGUUUUUGCUAAUUAUGUUCUCUAAUGUGCAAUGAGACUCAAUUUAAUGUUUCUUUUUUCAGGGGAAGGUUUGAAUGGUUCUGAACGAGAUAAAAGACUUCGUCCUGAGAGGCCAAAAAAGGAAAAUCCAGAUUUUGACUAUGAAUUUUCGCUUGUCCCAGAAGACCUUGUGGAGCGUAUAAAAACAGAGCAGAUGCCUUGUCCAUUGCCUCAGCAAAGUGUUGUCAACUUGGAGAAUGUACAGGAAAAACAAAUAAAUCUUCCCCAGGUAGCUGUGAAAGAAGUGUCUACUGCUAACAUUAUUUAAUUUUUGAUGGUGGUCAGGAAUUCAAGUGAAAUUCAAAGGAAAGUUGUCCGUUUAGUGGGCAGUGAUUCAUGAUAGAAUACCCAUCAAAUCUUGGGUGCAGUAACUAAAGGUCCUUGCUAUUAGAAACUCUGGUUAAGCAGCAUUCCAUUUAUUUUAUUUAUUUGUUUAUUUAUUUAUUUACAUGCUUAGUCACAGACAAAAGGAGUGGACACUCACAGAGCAAGCUCCACUGCUAAGUCCAGAAAAAAAAAAAAUUGCAAAUAAUACUAAAAGUAGCAAAUUAUAAUGACAACACACAGGUAAAAACAAUAGAGAGACAGAAAAUAGCAAACAGAAUAGAAACAAACAUGAAUAGAAGAAUCAACACUUUAAUUUGAUCAAGCAGUGUGGUUAAUGGUAGACUUAGGUGUGGUACAUUUAUACACACUCUGACAUUGUAUGGGUUUGGGGAUUGUCGACACAAGUAACAGUCUUAUUGAUCCUCAUAUAGUUACAGUAAAUGUUUGGAGAUGGGAUGGUCUUGCAUCGAUAAAAGAAUAUCAUUAAAUGCAUCUAGACAAGCCUUAACUAACGUAAUAAAUCUAAAAGUUAAUGUCACAUGAGAGAGUCUUGAAUCUUGUAAUGUUAAUUUUUUUGUAGCUUCCUCCCACUCUAGAUGGUGUGGUUCUGCCUAAAAAGCGUGGACGUCCCAAAGGAUCGAAAAACAAGGUGAAAACUGAAGUCAGUAGAGAUGUUGUCCCAACUCAAACUCAGGUACAUUGAUGUCAUAUAUUUUAUGGACUAUCCAAAGUCUUUUUCUAGAAAUUGAAUUAGUAAGCCCCAUCAGCACAUUUCAUAGCCACUAGAUUACAAUUGGCACAGUGGGCUAGAGCGUGGACUUCUGUGCGGAAAGUUCUGAUUUCGAUUAAAAUGGGUAAAAUGAGUUCAACGCUGGCCUCAGGUUGCCUAGUCCCUAGGCCUCAUCUGCGCGGCUGAAGUGUUUCGGGUCAUGUGGUCCAAGCAUAGUGAAUUGACCAACAGGGACUGGGAAAACGCCGUACAGGGACUAGGCUAGGCCUCAGGUUCGUCAGGCCAGUGAGUAUACCCUCAUGAGUUACUGAUGUAAAACAAGGACCUUUACCCUUUUUCCACAGCCUGUUCCACUGGUUGAAGAUGGAGUUCCAGUCAAACGCAAACGCGGUCGACCAAAAGGCUCCAAGAAUAAACCCAAGCCCCAGUCCCUUCUCUCACCAAACAAAUCCGUUCAAAAUAAUGAAGAGGGAGAUGACCAAACAUCAAGUGGCUCAGACAACAGAGAACCUGUGGAUGUCAUGCCCUAUAUCUCACGUGAAAAAGCAGAGAUGUACUCACUUAUAUUGAUGGACAUCAAUCAAAAGAUGAUAUCACAGUCGUGCAUGAAGUUUGUGUGAAAUGGUUGCUGUACAUAGUUAGUAUAAUUAUUUCUUGUAGUUCAAUUUUAU